GCUUACUUUAUGUGUGAAGAUGUGGGCAGCUGAUAUAUAGUUAUAAAAUAACGUAAUAAAAGAUCAGAUAUAGUUGAUGCCACACAAUCAAGCAAGGAGCUAAAAUCAAAUUGAAGAGGCACGAGGGGGAAAACAAUACUGCGGGACUCAAUAUACAAGACUGGAGACCUAUUAACUGAAGAAUGGCACAAGUUAAAUCAAAUCUCUCUAGGAAAGAACACCAGCUGCUUCUUUCUCUCUUUGAUUCAGUAAGUUUCACUCUACUGUACAAAGCCAGUGUCCAUGGAUACAGUGCUGCAAAUUUCCAUUCCAAAUGUGACAAUCAAGGUCCCACCCUCACGAUAGGCUACAACUACUCUGGAUACAUAUUUGGGGGCUACACCUGUAUGAGCUACAGCCAGUCUGGUGGUUACAAAGCUGAUAAUUCAGCCUUCCUUUUCUACCUUAAAAAUGAAGACAAAAAAAGUGAACCUGUGAGAAUUCCUGUUACAAAAGCUGAAAAUGCCAUCUAUGAUGUUAAUAACCGGGGUCCUGACUUUGGAACAGCUUUGCAGUUCCUCUAUAACAACAGCGCAGCAAUCUACAGUAAUCCAGGAAACUCCUACAUGUUUGAACCUUUGGAGUUUUGCGGAAAUGAUUUUAAACUCAGAGAAUGCGAAGUGUAUCGAGUGGAAUUAGCUGAAGAUUUAUUGGAGAAGCCAUGGAGGAGCAUUCAGUGGAAGGCUGAGAGAAAAAAAGAGUUGAUGAACCUCAUCAUGACAUACAAGCCGACUGUAUCCUCAGUUUCCCAAGUCAGAGUUCUUCUUGUUGGUCCCAUUGGAGCUGGGAAGUCCAGUUUCUUCAAUUCAGUAAAUUCUGUUUUUCGUGGCCAUGUAACUAGCCAAGCCAUUGCUGGCUGUGCAGUGACCAGUGUGACCAAACAGUUUCGGACUUAUUCAAUCAAGGCCGGCCGAGAAGGCAAGCAGUUGCCUAUUGUUUUGUGUGACACAAUGGGCUUGGAGGAAUCCAGUGGUGCCGGGGUAUGUGUGGAGGACAUCGCCAACAUCGCUAUGGGGAACAUUCCUGACAGAUAUCAGUUCAAUCCAUCUGCUCCAAUACAUUCCAAGACACCUGGAUGCGUAAAAUCUAAAACCAUAAAGGAUAAAAUCCACUGUGUUGCCUUUGUGAUUGAUGCCUGCAAGAUCAAGAUCAUGCCAUCGAAACUGGAAGAUAAACUGCUUGCUAUCCGUGAAAAGUUAAACUUGCUAGGUGUGCCACAGCUGGUACUGCUGACCAAAGUGGAUGAGGCCUGUCCUUUGGUGGCUGAGGAUAUAAGAAAUGUGUAUCGCAGCAGAUUUACUGAAAGAAAGAUUCAAGAGGUGGGAGCUAGGUUUGGAAUUCCAGUGUCUUGCAUUGUUCCAAUACAAAAUUAUUCUAGAGAGCUGGAACUGGAUGACAACGUAAAUAUUCUGCUGCUCAGCGCCAUAAUUCAGAUGUUGCGGUUUGCAGAUAAUUAUUUUGAUGACAUCAGCUAUGAGGAGAUGAAUAAUCUGGAUACAGACUCCCUAUUAGAAAAUAACGUUAAUGAACGACGAAGCCGCAGCAUCACUGACUCCUUUGAGCUGAGAACUGGACGCACUCCCAAAAGAGAGUUAAGCAUACAUGACGAGGCAGAAAGAAGCUGGGCUGAGUGUGCAGUGAUGUGACAGAGAAAAAUAGGCUUUGUUUUUGCCUGUCUGUUCUUCAUGUAUAUGUAACCAUUAAACAAAUAUUAAUUAGUACCAGAAGAUCUAUGCAAAUCAUAAAAACUUUUGAAACC